AUGUGGGAGCUUUGUGGGCGCUCCGAAGACCCAUUCCUGAACAAAGAACAGUUCUUUACCGGUCUUUAUUCACUUGAUUCCGAGCCAGAGCAAGCGGAAACAAGUGAAGCAUCUCUAGCUCUUGCAGCGAGCAGGAACCAGAGAUACAAACGUAUUGUUCGACGCAGUUCUCGUCUGCAAGUGGCCUCAUCUAAUUCUACAACAAAAAUCUCAUCCACUGCUCUAGAAUCGAUUAGGAGUACAAGUAUACAAGCUUUCACCAAAAAUAUUUCUACUGCUGCUCCGGAGCCAGUUGUGUCGGAGAAUAAUAUCAAUAUGGCCGAUUCCACUCCAGAUAUAUCGGCUGUCACUACCGCCCCUUCAACGGCCCCGGCAUCUCUCGAGUGCACCCCGAGGCAUUUGCCGCCACCAGAGUCAUCAAGAAUACUGCCAGUUCACACAAAAGUAGCGAAAAGAAAAAGAACCCCUGUAGUGCCGGCGAAGAAGCAGAUAUUCGGUGGGAUGUAUUUCUAUUUUAUACCUAAUGACAUCAAAAACCCUGUUCGCAAGUUUCGGGUCCAGAAAGCCGACGAACACGGCGGUUUUUGUCUCAAAGAGUGGAGGGAGCAGGACAUCACGCAUAUCAUUGUCGACUCAAAAUUAAAGUAUUCUGACGUAUUGAAAUCACUUAGACGAGAGUUCAUUCCAGACCACAUAGCCAUAGUCAAUGACACAUACAUCAGCGACUGUCUCGCCUUUGCACGCAUCCUAAACCAUGACCAGUUUCAAUACAAAGUUGCCGGGCAGCCUUCCACUACCGAGAACUCAUUUCUUCUCCCACAGCCGCACUCGCCACCCCUAUCUUCUACUCCAUCGGAAACCCCGCUCUGUGAUCAACAGAGCUCCAGUGCUACAACACAGAGUCUCCAUAUCAGGCCACAACUAUCCAAGAGGGCUAAUGAUACACCAAGUUCAGCAGCGGGGGAUAGACCUACAGAUUCCCAGCUUGCUGUUGAGGCCGAAUUGAAGGCCAGUGUAACGACUGAUGACCUAGUAUUACAGCAGCUCGCAGCGGAGCUGCUAUCCACUCCAGGACCAAGUACUACGCAAGAAUGUGAGGUUAAAGACGAACUAGAUAUCAUGAUUGCCGAGGCGGUGCGGAUGGGUGAUUUGCCAUUAGAUGAUGACAUAUCUGCGCCCGAUGAUGGGGGGACUUCGUCUGAUGAGGAGCCUAUUCGUGCAGUAAAGCGAAAGAAGCCUGUUGCGAGGACAGGUAAUUCGAAGUGGCAGGAUAAGUUCCAGUGUAUGCAUGCCAAUGAUGGGAAGCAGCAGGAGGGGAAUCCGAACGCGAGAACUAUUGAGAUCUUGUCGGAAAUGCAGAAAUACUAUGAGAUGACGAAGGAUCAGUGGAGGUCCAUCAGUUAUCGGAAGGGGAUUAGUGUGCUCAGGAAACAGACGAAGAAGAUAUGCACGGCUGCUGAGGCGAGGAAGUUGCCAAUGAUUGGUGAAAGCCUAGCAAAGAAGAUUGAGGAGAUCGUGGAAACGGAUCGGUUACGGAAGCUGGAAUACGCACAGCUAGAGCCCGGGGAUGUAGCGUUAAAGUUAUUUCUAGGAGUUUACGGUGUUGGCCCCAGUGUUGCCGCUCGGUGGGUCCAAUCAGGUUACAAAACGCUCGAUGACGUCGUCAAAAACGUGCGUCUUACCGCCUCUCAGAAGGUCGGUAUAGACCAUUACCAGGACUUCGCAUCCCGUAUUCCCCGCGACGAAGUCAAAAGACACGGAGACAUUGUCAUGUCCACGGCCGCCAAUCUUGACUCUCAGCUGCAGCUCCAAAUCAUGGGUAGCUACCGCCGCGGCUCCAAAGAUUGUGGUGACAUUGACAUUAUGAUCACAAAGCCCGGUGUCAGCGCCCAAGAGAUCAGCGGGCUUCUCGACGAGCUUAUUGAGCGACUGUUUGAGAUUGGUUUUGCCAUGUGUGGGCUUGCGAUGUCACGUGGGAGAGAUGAUGGGUCGAAGUGGCAUGGGGCAUCGAAGCUUCUAGAUGUUCCAACUUGGAGACGAAUUGAUUUGCUAGUUGUGCCGUGGGAUGAACGUGGUGCAGCGCUUCUGUAUUUCACAGGGAAUGAUAUAUUCAAUCGUUCCAUGAGGCUAUUAGCGAGCAAAAAAGGCUAUGGGCUGAAUCAGAGGGGGUUGUUUAAAGAUAUUUUGAGGGGCCCACAAAGACAGAAGUUGAAUGAUGGGACAAAGGUGGCGGGAGACUCCGAGGAGGAGAUUUUUGAGAUCUUGGGAGUGCCUUACAGAAAGCCAGAAGAGAGGAUUUGUUGA